ACGCGGGGCCCCGCCCCUCGGCGCGCGCCUCCCGGAAGUUGCCUGCUAGGAUUCUGAACGCUGCCUCCGUAGGUGUCCGCCUGUAGUUGCCGAGUAGAGUCGGCCCGUAGCGCCACUGUUGGGAGCGUCGGGCCGGGCCUCGGGCUGCAGGCUCACGAGCGCAGCGCCGACAGUGACUUGGUGAUCAUGGCGGAGCCGCAGCCCUUGGCUCUGCAGCUGGAACAGUUGUUGAAUCCCAGACCUCGGGAGGCGGAUCCUGAGGCCGACCCGGAGGAGGCCACUAGAGCCAGAGUGAUUGAUAGGUUUGAUGAAGGGGAAGAGGAGGAAGUAGCAGUGAGUAGCAUUAGAAAAUUGGCACCAGCCUCCCUCUUGGAUGCCGACAAAAGGUAUUCUGGCAAGACCACGUCUAGGAAAGCUUGGGAAGAAGACCACUGGGAGCAGGCUCUGCCAAGUUCAUCUGAUAAUGAAAUAUCUGAUGAAGGAGGAUCUGAAGGUGGGGAGUCAGAGGGUCUGGGCCUGGAGGAGAUCUCAGAAGAUGUUGAUGAAGACUUAGAAGACAACGAAAUAUCUGAUGAAGGAGGAUCUGAAGAUGGGGAUUCUGAGGGCCUGGAAGAGAUCUCAGAAGAUGUUGAGGAAGACAUAGAAGGUGAGGAUGAGGAAGACAGAGAAGAAGACAUGAACAGUGAAGAUGACGGUGCGGUAACGGCCUUCUCCAGUGUCAAAGUUUCUGAGGAAGUGGAAAAAGGAAGAGCUGUGAAGAAUCAGAUAGCAUUGUGGGACCAGCUCUUGGAAGGAAGGAUCAAACUACAAAAAGCUCUCUUGACUACCAAUCAGUUGCCUCAACCAGAUGUUUUCCCUGUCUUCAAGGACAAAGGUGGCCCAGAAUUUGCCAGUGCUCUGAAAAAUAGUCACAAAGCACUUAAAGCAUUGUUAAGGUCAUUGGUGGAUCUUCAGGAAGAGUUGCUCUUCCAGUACCCAGACACUAGAUAUCUAGUAAAUGGGACGAAACCCAAUACAGAGAGUGAUGAGAUUUCCAGUGAAGAUGAUGAGCUAGUGGGAGAGAAGAAGAAACAGAGAAAGGUCCCACCCAAGAGGAAGCUAGAGAUGGAGGACUAUCCAAGCUUCAUGGCCAAGCGCUCUGCUGACUUCACCAUCUACAGGAACCGCACACUGCAGAAAUGGCAUGAUAAAACCAAGCUUGCUUCUGGAAAACUGGGCAAGGGUUUUGGUGCCUUUGAACGCUCAAUUUUGACUCAGAUUGAUCAUAUUCUGAUGGACAAAGAAAGAUUACUUCGAAGGACACAGACCAAGCGUUCUGUCUACCGAGUUCUUGGCAAACUUGAGCCAGUCCCUGAGCCUGUUGCAGAGACAUUGCCAGGAGAACCGGAGAGCCUUCCUCAGAUCCCUGCCAACACUCACUUGAAGGACUUGGAUGAGGAGAUAUUUGAUGAUGAUGACUUUUACCACCAGCUCCUUCGAGAACUCAUAGAGCGGAAGACCAGCUCUUUGGAUCCAAAUGAUCAGGUGGCUAUGGGAAGGCAGUGGCUUGCAAUCCAGAAACUACGAAGCAAAAUCCGCAAGAAGGUAGAUAGAAAAGCCAGCAAAGGAAGGAAACUUCGGUUCCAUGUCCUUAGCAAGCUCCUGAGUUUCAUGGCACCUAUUGACCACACUGCAAUGAAUGACGAUGCCAGGACUGAAUUGUAUCGAUCUCUUUUCGGCCAGCUCAACCGUCCUGACGCAGACCAUGGGGAGUGACAGUAGCAUCCUUCUCAUGCCCAACCUCCGCACAGGACCCACCCGCUGCUUCCAAUAAAAUGAUCAAAACUACAAUAAAUCUUUUUUUUUAAUCUGUU